AUGAAAAAUGGGUUGAAUUCCGUACGAGCCAGAAAUCCUCCGGUGUGGAACGUAAUCCCAUUUCCGGCAAAGCAAUCGGACCGGCAUUCCGACAGUGCAGAAUGUGAAAAGCGUCUGACAGAAUUUAUGCGGACGAACGGAAUUUUGCGAUUUAACACGAAAGAAUAUCAAGCGAAGCGAGAGGAUCUGGAAUUUUUACGAACCCUGGGCAGUGGAACGUGCGGCGUGGUUCAAGAAAUGCGCUUUAAACCGACCGGUGACAUAAUGGCAGUGAAACAGAUGCGCCGGUCAUGCAAUAAGGAAGAGAACAAGCGAGUUCUGAUGGAUCUGGAGGUAGUCAUGCGUAGCCACGACUGCCCGUACAUCGUGAAGUACUACGGUUGCUUCAUCACCGAUAGUGAAGUGUGGAUAUGCAUGGAGCUGAUGACGACAUGUCUUGACAAGUUGAUCAAAGCGAUUCGAACCGGUAUCCCUGAGCGAGUGCUAGGCAAAAUGGCUGUAUCGAUCGUUAAAGCGCUCGACUAUCUGAAAGAAAAGCUUGGCAUUAUUCACAGAGACGUGAAACCAUCAAACAUGCUGCUAGACAUGAAGGGCACGAUCAAAUUGUGUGAUUUUGGAAUUUCAGGUCGCCUCGUAGAUUCAAUAGUGAAGUCAGGAAAUGCCGGCUGUACUGCGUACAUGGCGCCGGAAAAAAUACUUCCAGACGGCCAUGGUUACGACAUUCGCAGUGAUGUGUGGAGCCUCGGAAUUUCGUUGGUCGAAUUAGCUACCGGCAGAUUUCCUUAUGAAAGCUGCUCUACCGAUUUCGAGCUUUGCACACGAAUACUACAAGAUCCACCACCGAAGCUUUCAACGUCAGAUGGUUUUUCGCAGGAAUUCUGCAACUUUGUUGACAAAUGCCUUGCAAAGAACUGUGCUGUGCGUCCAAAAUUUCAGGAGCUUCUGGUACGUAGCCGCGACCGUCAGUGUACAUGGCAGUAA